AUGAGCAGUAUGAGUUCUUCCUCGAUGGACAGUGCACAGAGGAAGCCGUCUGAAGACGAGAAGAUGGAUAGGCCAGCGUUGACUAAUGUAGAGGUGAAUAGGGCUCUUCCUGGUGGUAGGAAAGCGCAACCGCUGACUGAACAGGAAAAGAAAAGACACCCUAUGUAUCGGAAGCCAAGCAGGAUACGAAGAGAGGAUAGCGAUGCAUCAUAUAUGGCCAACAGCAAGAAACGGCAAGUGUUCCAGGACAAUGCUGACGAUGACGAGCCUACAGGGAAAGACCAGGAAUCCAGGAUUAAGCGAGCUAAAGUGCAAGAUAGACAAAUCAAAUGGGUCGAUUUGGACUCUAAGGAGAAAAACAAUAUUGCCAUGGUGGUCGAAUAUACCAAUGAUAUCUUCGAUUUCCUAUAUGAAAGAGAAAAGAAUACAAUACCCAUGCACAAUUACUUGCUAGAUAGAAAAUCAAAAUAUCAUCUAAGACCCGCAACAAGAGCAGUCCUGGUAGAUUGGCUUGUAGAGGUGCAUGACAAAUUCCAAUGCUAUCCUGAGACAUUAUAUCUGGGCAUUAACAUUAUGGACAGAUUUCUUUCACAGCAUAAAGUUGAUAUAAAUAAACUGCAACUGCUGGCAGUCACUUCGCUAUUCAUCGCGGCUAAAUUUGAGGAAAUUAAUUUGCCCAAACUAUCAGAGUAUGCAUAUAUCACUGAUGGGGCUGCAUCUAAAGACGAUAUCAAAGUGUCCGAGAUGUUCAUUUUGACAGAAUUAAAAUUCUCCCUAGAUUGGCCAAAUCCCUUAAAUUUUUUGAGAAGACUUUCAAAGGCUGAUGGAUACGAUGGUGAGUGCAGAAUGAUAGCCAAAUUUAUCCUAGAAUACUCCUUAUGUUCCUCAAAGUUUGUUGGUGAAAAGCCAUCAGAACUCGCCGCCAUGGCAAUAUUUCUAGCGAGACGGAUCUUGAAAAGAGAGUCACCUAUUUGGGAUGACACUUUUAUACACUAUAGUGGAGGUAUUGACGCAUUAAAUGAUAAUCAUUUUCAAAAUCUGUGCACAAUAAUGAUUAAUGAAAUUGCCCAGCCAGCGACAAAGUUAACAGCGUUAUGUGAUAAAUAUAAGAGCAUUAAAGGGGGCACUAUAUAUGACAAAACUAUCAAGUGGUGUAAGGAUCAAAUGGAAAGAAAUUAUGAGAAUGUUUUCAGUUGUUAG